CUCGUACAAAACGAUAUUGGAUAUUGGGGUCAUUUGAAGUGAAGGUCAACUUUCGCUAAACUUAAGAAAUAUGUAUUAGCGGCAUAUCUUUAUCGAAACCAUGUCCACUUACAAUAUUUCCUAGUUGUGGCCAUUAUGUUACUGCAUUCAGAAAGUUCCUCCUCAGUAUGCAGAUGUUCACUAUAUUUUACUGUUUUGCUGAUAAUUACUAGCGAAUAUGAGGUGCUAGUUGGAUCUAAUCAGCAUUUUUCAAAUGAUCAUAUCAAGAAACAGUUAGAGAAGGCGUUUAUUCGUUUGGCUAGAGAUGAAAUGGGUGUUAUCGCCAUGCAAACAGCCUUUGAUGGAUUGAAAUAUGAAAAGCUGUCAACUGUCAACUUAACACAGAGUUUAGAUAUACUCACGUCGCAGUUAACUCGACGACUUCGAGAUUAUACGCACAUAGUAACGAGUACACGAAAUAUGGCUGUUCGUUUAUAUAGAUCACAUAAAGAUACACCCCUUACACCACGUUUUGAUUGUUGUAACUUGUUUGAAAGAGAUUUGAGGUUAGAUCUCGUAUAUGGUUGUCGUAUCUCACGACGAGAAUGUUGUGAUUUAAUCCCACGAAGUCUGCCAGCUACAGCUUUUAAUCCAGGUCAUAAUUUAACACGAAGAUUUCAACAACAAUUAGAUUAUUGGCCAAAUGUGAAAUGGUUCUUUUUUAUCACCUCGGAUGGUUUGCAUACUGAAUAUCCAGCACACAAUUUUCAGUGUACAACUCCACAUCAUAAGGAUUACACGACAGAUAAUCGGCCAAUAGAUGUAUCAUAUUUUGGUGAUAGCAGUAUCUUUGGGGUUAAUGGGGGUUCUGGUGGAGCAAGUAGUCUCAAUUCAAGAUUAUAUCAGGGAAAACAUCACCAACACCACCAACAACAACUAAAACAAUCAAUUUCAUUUUCUUCAGUUACAAAUCCUUUUCAUUGUCAUAAUCUACAUCAGUUCAGGCAUAGAAGUGCAUUUAUUCGUUCAAUUCUCCCGAAACCAAUAUGGAUGACAAUUAUAUUAGAUCAAGGUGAAGCUAGUCAAACUCAAUUACUUCUUGGUCAGCGUGUUGCACGUAUUCUUUUAGCAUCAUUAAGCGAAAAAGAUUAUGUUAAUGUUCUACUUGUCUCAGAUAAUGUUUUAUACGGUUUAGAGUAUAAUUCAAACAAUAACUAUACUAAAAGUGAUGCAUCAAAAUUACUGAAUUCUACAAUAAAAACCGUUCAAAAUAAACAGUUAUUCAAUAUAUCAAGUGAUGAAUUUGUGUUCAAUCCCCAAGAAAAGAAUCAAACACUUGGAUAUGCUUAUAAAGCUACUGAAGAAAUGAAAGCGUAUUUGGAUCGAUUCAUUCACAGUGUCAAUCGACCUUUACCAGUUAAAACAAAUCAUAUCAAAGCAUUCUAUUAUGCAUUUCAAACAAUUAUUUCAAAUAUGAAACGAUUUCAAAGUGAAAAGAAUCAAUUGAACUCUAUAGAAAUUCCAGAGCAUAUCAUGUUAGCCUACAUUAGUCGAGGUUAUCUGACUGAUUUAACAGAAGCGUCAACAACUCUACGUCUUGUCUCCACCUAUCAAGCUUAUCUGAAUAAUUCUGUGCAUAUUUGUACGUAUAUGCCAACUGAAGAGAAGAGUACUACAGUGCUAUUUGAACAAACAUUCAUGAAAGAUUUAGCUACAAGAUGGUCAUUUUACUCAACAUCAAAUACUUCUAUCGAGUUGAAUAAAUUAUAUCCUCCAAAACAAGGUCAUUUCUUCCCCAUAAAUCGUACCACUGACCUAUCAAAUACAGUUGGAAAAUUUUAUGAAAUUUUUCUUAAACCAACUACAAUAAAUAUUUCAGAUUAUCAAAUGGUUACCAAGUCUACUGGAAACAUUAUUAAACCGCUGAUUAUAUCUUCUGCUACAGAGGAUGUUACUAUUGAAAUAGAACAUGAUCUAAGUGAUACUACAGCUUCACAUGAUGAAAACGAUAAAAUAAAGCCUGUUGAUUUGAACGUGUCAUCGUCUUCGCAUGAGCCCUCUCCUGAAAUUAAUGAUCUGAAGAGUGAACGCUUACCUGAAAGUUUUCCUGUCCAGUAUUCUCUUCCAUAUUAUGAUUUAGAAGGUGGAGAUUUAGUGGUAACAAUAAGUCAAGCGUUUACUGAUCAGGAUAAUUUAAUCGGUGUUAUAGGUAUUGAUGUACAUUUAUUAGAUUUAGUCGAUAAUUUUGUGCAUUUCACCACAUCAGGUGCAAUAGACGGUGGUUCGGAUAGUUCUGUUGCCUUUCUAUUACAAUCACCUGAUGGUUAUACACUUUCUCAUCCGACUUUAACUGAUACAUUGAUAAAACACUAUCAUUUACGUCGUCGAUAUUAUGAACAAAAUGUAUACACUGAUAGGCAUAAUGUUUAUGCGUCUAAUAAUCAUAGAAAUCAAUGGAUAAAUCAUAGAAAUCGUCGACAUUUCGGUGAAAUACGUAACCCAUCAUCUUAUCAAACAGUUUUUACCUCUGGUGGUAUUGACUCUAGGAGCAGCAGCAACGGCCGUAACUGUUUAUUGAGUGCAAGGAAUAUUCCGAAUUUCAGGGAGUCUAGACAACAACAAGAGCCUAUUUUAAAUCCAGAUAUCAGUAGGUUGGAAUGGGUUCCUGGUUUUCAAUCGCUUGUGAGACAUCGUUUAUUGAAUGAAUUGUCUGGUGAAGUUGGUCUUUUGGUGAAACUUACAAGGAGUGAAAUGGAAGUUUACGGAUUAACUGGUAUCAUAAACACUUGUUUUAACACCACUGGGACGACUGCUGAUAGUAACAAUGAUAAAUUACCAAUUCAUGUUGUCUAUCGUUGGAGACGUAUACAUGAGUUAAAUACGCCUUAUAUUGUCGUAGUAAGAUCUGUUCAAUCAUUAUGCUCUGAAUAUCGUCAGCUCUCACCGUUAGUUCCAGAAUUCGAUUUUCAUUAUCAUCGUCUAGACUUACUGAAAGAACCUCAGAAAUGCCUUUUCCUUAAUCAGCUUAUAUCAUUCAGUUUUGGAACUGUUUACUUAUCUCCGCGUGCAUUCGCCCGACCAUUUACUCGUUUAACCCAAGGCUAUUUAGAAGACAUUAAUGAUAUUCGUCAUCUUGUCGCCUAUCUAUUCGAUCAUACUGUAUUGAUCUCAGAUCCUGGACUAGCUGGUAGUAGUACCAGCAGCAGCAGCAGUAGCAGUGCCAGUACUGGCAGUAGUCCAUCGAUUCGAUCCUCUGUAGCAAUUGUAGAAAGAAUUGGAAAAUUUUGGAUGCAUCGAAGUCAUGUUAGUGAACUGAGAGACUUCAUAAUUAGACGGAGAAGCACCUUUUAGUCAAAAGUGUUUUAAAGCAUUCUGCAAUCUUUUCGCUUAUUAAGUUUUCGUCCUUAAUUUACUGUCCACAUGUGCACUUUGGGAGAUGAUUUUACUAUUAGUUACGCUUACCCAAUUGAUUUGUGCUGUGUUGUUAGUAUUACUUCAAUA